AUGUCCGGUGGUAAAGGUGGUAAAGCUGGUUCCGCUGCUAAAGCUUCUCAAUCUAGAUCUGCCAAAGCUGGCUUGACUUUUCCAGUAGGUAGAGUUCACAGACUCUUGAGAAGAGGAAACUACGCUCAAAGAGUGGGAUCUGGUGCUCCAGUAUAUUUGACAGCUGUAUUGGAAUACUUGGCUGCCGAAAUUUUGGAAUUGGCCGGUAACGCUGCUAGAGAUAACAAGAAGACCAGAAUCAUCCCUCGUCACUUGCAAUUGGCUAUCAGAAACGAUGACGAACUAAACAAGCUACUGGGAAACGUCACCAUCGCACAAGGUGGUGUUUUGCCAAAUAUUCAUCAAAACUUACUUCCAAAGAAGUCUGCCAAGCCAGACAAAGCCUCUCAAGAAUUGUAA